CUGUAUCUGUUAAAGACUCUGAAGAUCGACCGUGUUGUUUUGCCACACAAUCACACCAACUUUCUUUUUUUCAAAAAAAGAUCUCUCAACAUUUUCUUAUUCUUUUCCUUCCUUUUUUGGCCACUUCAUUUACCGACUACCGGUCACACUGUCACAGUUCACUGCACGCAAUCCCCUUCAGUAACAUACAAGUAUAAUACUAAAGUACUCUCUGAAACAACAACGGAAGCAAGACAUGCACACCUAACUUCAGAUGUCUCCUUCUCAGUUUAUCAAAUUCUCAUGAUGAAAAUUAACCGUCCAUUUUUGUUAGACGCGCUAGUGGAACAUCCAUCUUUCUCUUUCUGAACAACAGUGCGGCGCGCAUUUUCCUUUUUGAACCCAAAAGGACGCGUAAGCAACGCUGCAGACGCAGCAAUCCUCGCGUCCCGCCACAACACUCAAUAAAAAACGAAGCAGAAACCCGACGAUAUAUCCCAAAUCCGAAUGGCGUACGCAGAUAUAUAUGUCCAGCGCGGAACGGCAAGGCAUCGACUCAGUUCUCCGCAUUCGCAAGCAGCAGCAUCCAUUUUGAGUACAGAUAAUACUCAUGCUGUUCUUGUGCACCACUCGGAAGCUGCAUAAUCUCUUGAUUUUUAGCCCAACGGCUUUGCUAAUAUAUGUGCGUCGCUUGCGUUGCCAUUAAUUCUUGGAUGUUGUUGCUACUGUUGUUUUGGAAGCGAUAGCUUGGAGUUGUAAGGUGAGGUGAGGUGCAGGGUGGUCGAUCAGUAGGUGGAAAGGAGGAAUCGAGGAGAUGGACGGCGAGAUUGGGGAGGACAUGCUCACGGAGAUUCUGGUGAGGCUGCCGUACAAGUCGCUGGCGAGGUUCCAGUGCGUGGCCACGUCGUGGCGGCGCCUCAUCUCCGGCGACUACCUCCGCCGGAGGCUGCCGCUCAUCACCUCCGGUGUGCUGUACCAGGAAGGCCGGGGCGGCGGCGGCGGCGGCGGCGGCGAAGGGAGGAGGAGGCAGGCGUACACGUACGCGUGCGCGUCGGGGGGUGGUGACCACGGCGGCGGCGUGGCGGAGGCCGACAUGGGAUUCUUCCCCGGGCACGAGACGUCCACCAUCAUCGACGGGUGCAACGGCAUGCUGCUGUACUACGCAUCGCAACCGGCGGCGGCGUUCCACGUCGUGAACCCGACGACGCGGCGGUGGGCGAGGCUGCCGCCGCCGCGCGGGAAGACGCUGCUGUCCGUGCUGGCGUUCGACCCCUCCGCGUCCCCGCACUACAGGGUGGUGUGCUUCACCGGGUGGCUCCCCCGCGGCGCGUCCGUCGAGGUGUUCGACUCCGAGGGCGGCGCGUGGCGCGACCACGAGCUCGACUUCGGGCUCGACACCGACGCCAUGUCGGCCACCAUGCACUACUUCGACGGCGCGAUCCACGUGCUGGCCUACUCGGGCCACGUCGUCCGCAUCGACCUCGGGACCAUGGCGUGCGCGGUGACCGCGCUCCCGGCCCCGGUCAGCUGCCGGGCGCGCGCCGGGCACUGCCGUGGCCGCCUCCGGUACGCGUCCAGCGACGGCACGCGCCUCAAGUUCUGGGAGCUCAAGAACGCGGCCACAUCGGAGUGGGCACUGAAGCACGAGCUGGGGGUCAAUGACCUCGUCGCCGGCGAGGCGAGCGGAGCUUGCCAGGCCGUCACCUUCUUGUUCAUGGCGUUCCACCCGGACAGGGAGAUGGUGUACCUGUGGACGCCAUGGAAGCUCGUGGCGUUCGACAUGGAGAAGAGGCGCGUCGAGGAGGAGUGGGAGGUCGGGCCGGAGAAGGAGAAGGAAGGCGCGCAUCUCAUUCAGAUUUGGCUGUUUCCGUUCUCGCGCCAUCUGGCCAACAGCUUGGCCUGAUUGGUCUAUGUGGCUGAUAGGCUGGCCGGCGAUGUUGACAAUGGCAUGUGGGCCCAAUGCUUGUCUGCAACAUUGGGCACAAUGCCGUUCCGUUCGAGUGUCCAACUGUACAAAGAAGGUACAAGACAAUCAAAAGAAAAAAAAGGGAAAAAAUAUAUGCUAUUCGUUUGUUCUAUGGAGUAAAAUUCAUCUCUAAUCCCAUCAGGAUAGUGGACAGUUCUUCUGUUUCCAUAAGAAAAUUGAUUUGUUUUUUUUUACAAAAUUCAAAAUUGAAUUGUUUCUUGCAAAAUUUAUGUAAAAUUCUUGAAUUUCAAAUGAAUACUCGGUGUUUCCGCU